AUGAAGGACACGGGGGAAUCAAAGGACCACCAACUAACUGUUGCCUUGAGGAUCCGACCCCUCAGCGAUGCUGAGCAGGAGGAGGCGGCUACGAUUGUGGCCCACAGAGUAGACGACCAGAUGGUGGUUCUAAUGGACCCCAUGGAGGACCCAGAUGACAUCCUGCGUGCCAAUCGCUCCAGGGAAAAGACCUACAUGUUUGACGUGGCAUUCGACUACACUGCCAAUCAGGAGGAGGUGUACCGAGCUACAACCAAAGAGCUGAUUGAAGGCCUCAUAUCGGGCUACAAUGCCACUGUGUUUGCCUACGGACCCACAGGUUGUGGGAAGACAUACACCAUGUUGGGGACAGACAAGGAACCGGGCAUCUACGUCCGGACGCUGAACGACCUGUUCCGUGCCAUUGAGGAGACCAGCGAUGACAUGCUGUACAGUGUCUCCAUGUCCUAUCUCGAGAUCUACAAUGAGAUGAUCCGUGACCUGCUGAAUCCCUCCUCGGGUUUCCUAGACCUGAGAGAGGACUCUAAGGGAGUGAUUCAGGUUGCCGGCAUCACUGAGGUGUCUACCAUCAAUGCCCGAGAGAUCAUGGAAUUGCUGAUGAAGGGCAACAAGCAGCGCACCCAGGAGCCCACGGCAGCCAAUCAGACGUCCUCUCGCUCCCAUGCUGUGCUGCAGGUGGCCGUCAAGCAGCAGAGCCGCUGCCGAGACGUCCUGCAGGAGGUCCGCUUUGCACGCCUCUUCAUGAUCGACCUCGCUGGCUCUGAACGAGCAGCACAGACUCAGAACAGGGGUCAGAGGCUCAAAGAGGGGGCUCACAUCAAUCGGUCCCUCCUGGCUUUGGGCAAUUGUAUCAACGCCCUUAGCGACAAAAAUGGCAAUAAGUAUGUCAACUACCGAGACAGCAAGCUGACCCGCCUGCUGAAGGACUCGCUGGGCGGGAACAGCCGUACGGUCAUGAUAGCUCACAUUAGCCCCGCCUCCCUGGCUUUUGAGGAAUCUCGCAACACACUGACGUACGCAGACCGUGCCAAAAGCAUCCGCACACGGGUUAAGAAGAACUUGAUCAAUGUGUCGUACCACAUUGCUCAGUACACCAACAUCAUCUCAGACCUGCGCUGUGAGAUCCAGCGGCUCAAGAAGAAGAUUGCAGAUCAGGCAGGACGCCAGGCCAACUCAGACAAGGCUGACAUCCGCCACGUCCAGGCGGAGGUCCAGGCCCACUCCAGCCAACAGAGCCGGGCUGAGAUGGACCAGCUGAGGGAGCAGCUCCUCGAUGCUUUCCGCCAGCAGAUGGAGAUCAGGAAGACUCUGAUGGACCUGGAAAACAGCAACAUGGAGAUCCAGAUUGAUACCUCCAAACACCUGUUAACCAUUACAGACUGGGAGCAGGAGCGGAGUCGGCGCAGGAGGAAGUGGCGUGCAGAAAGGAGGAAGGAAAGUAUGAAUAAGGAUGAGAGCGAGAAGGACUCGGACUCACCAGAGUCUCCCCCGGACAGUAUGGAGACCCAGGAAGUGAUCUUGGCCCGAGAAAAUCUGGCCACACUCGCGGCCGAACAGAAAAAGAUUUGCAAGCAGAAGGCGUUGCUGGAGCACAGGUUUUUGGAGCUGCGGGAGCGGGCUCGGCGCCUGGAGGAGCUGCUGCCGCGCCGGGUGAGCUCAGAUGAGCAGCGCGAGGUCCUGGGCCUGCUCUGCAAGGUCCAUGAGCUGGAGAUCGAGAACGCCGAGAUGCAGUCCCACGCCCUGCUCAAGGACAACGUCAUCCGGCAGAAGAACUUUGUGGUGCAGCGCUUUGAGCAGCAUAGGCACCUGUGUGAUGAAAUCAUUCAGCAGCAGAAGCAGUUCAUAGAUGACCACAGUCUGCUAGUGCCACCCCACCUCCAGGAGCUGUAUGAUAUCUACAUGAGGGAGCUGGAUGAGAGGAACCUGGACAGAGCCAUGGCCCUGGAUAAGGUGACCAUCAGACGCACCAUCAAGGAGGGCUCACUACCCAAGAUCACUCUGCCCAGCCGGGGUCGGGACCCUUUGCAGGAUGUGGACUCAGACCAGGAGAGUGUGCGCAACAUGGGCUCCGACAACAGACCAGGCCAGGCUAAAGUGCGCAGACACACCCUGCCCCCAAUUCUGCCUGAGCCUGAGGGGGACAACAACAGAGUUUUUAAGAGCAGCCCCCAUGCCAGGCAGAUGAAAAACUCGGUUGUCAUGACCCCGCCGCCCAUCCACAUCAACGGGCAGGGUAAUCGAGAGCUGCAGCCACUGAUUCCAGAGAGCUGUCUGAGCUACAGCCAUCUCAGCCACAGUGUCAGCAGCCACCUGGACUCGUCUCCCGAGAGCAGCGAAGCGGGUGCUGAUGUCCCAAUCUCACGCAAGGAGAGGCAGCAGAUCCUAAAGGGGGUCCAAAACAUAGCAGUGAAGGCGGCCCGUCGACGCUCCAAAGCCCUGGAGGUGGACGCCUUGCGGCUGCACCCUCCCCCCUCUCCCCUGGAGCCCAAGAAGCAGAAGAGUAGCCUCUCUCUGAGCGAAGCGCCCCCCAGAAGUGUGGCGAUACGGCGCGGCAGGCAGCCCAGCCCCGAGCUCAGGCACGCCACCUCUGACGACAACCUGUCCAGCAGCACUGGGGAGGGGCCCGGCCUGCACGGCACCUGGACACGGCCGCGCAACCGCCAGCUCACCACCAAGAACCAAACCCCUCGCGAGCUCGACUUCGAGGCACGCCGCCGGAAGAGGCGAUCCCGUUCCUUUGAGGUCACUGGUCAGGCACUGCCUCAGACCAAGGCGACCACGGCCCAGAGGUUCCGCCCACUGGACAGCACAUCAGAUCCUCACCUCCACAUCAACGGCCAGCCCCAGGCCCCCCUGCUCCGCCUCCAGCACAGAGGGAUCCUUCCUCCCACCAAAGUCAGGGCACCCCACACCAUCCAGCAAAUAGGCUCGACCACUGAGUCCUCCACAGCCAACCUGAAUAACCUGAAACGAGGACCCCAGCUGCGGCAGCCCCACCCCCUCCUCCUCGUCUCCAACACAAACUCCGGGCCUCAGCGCACACGCAGGCACUGAGGAGCAACCCUAUUUUGCCCAUCCAACACCAGCACUAAUACAAUUACCAGCUGAGCUCAGUGGGCUCUCCUAACUGGAGAGCUUAGAGUGCCCAAACCUUUCCCCAGUUCCACAAAAAAAGACACUUUAACCCCUCAGUUUCACACAUAAAGCAAGAUUGUGAGGCAGUCCGGUAGAGACUAACUAAACCUUAGCUAAAACUCCACGCAGGUCUCCUUUGUGCUUUCUUCUGAACACUGAGUGGCACCCACCGUGGCACUGAGACGCUCUGACAUGUGCAGCCCACAGAUGCCAAAGGCGUCUCUGACAGUGGCCAUGCUCUGUUCUGUUAAAUGUUUCGGCUUUAGCUUGCUCCUGCUGGACCGCUCGUGUCACCGUCAAGUCAGAUGGUGCCGAGCUCAUUAUGAAUGCAACGCUGUACUAAUGUUUGUGCAUUAGGACUAUAUUUGGUUUGAUAGAAGUCACUGCUUGAUAUGAAGGAGAAAAAAAAACAUUACAACAAGCUAGUGGGUGGAUUUCUAGGUGUUUUAACUCUCAUAGGUCAGUAAUGUCAGGGCUCUAACUAGAACUUUAGGUUUUUGGAGGAGGACUGGCCUUACUGGACAAGGCAUCAGAAGAUUGCAACAAGGAUGUUAGACGUCUGUCAAAGUGCUUCUGCAUCAGUCAGUGUUUGUUAUUGUGAGGUUUGGUCUCAAGAAAAUUACACAAUGGCAGUGUUGAAGCUUGAUCACCUGGAUUGUUGUGCACUUCUGUACUCGAUGUUGAUAUUCUCAUAUGCCCCAGGUCUAUGCCUUUUUCUCACCCAGACAUGACUGUUACAAGUCAUGCUUUUGUGUUAGAUGUACUGAUCUCUAGCACUGAACAUAUAGCACUACAGGACGCUUUCCCGAAUUAGUUGGCUGUAUUUUUAAUGAAUUAUUUAACUGUUGCCUUUUCUUUUAUGGGUUACCAAAUUGUUAUCGUUGACAUUGUUUUCAUAAUUACUACUUUCUAUGCUUUAUUUUGUACAUUUUUUUAUUUGGACCCAAAUAAAUUCUGAUGAAAUAAGUGGA